UGAGGUGUAUGUGGUACCAGCAGCAGCAGCUUUUAAAAAAAAAAGUUGAUAGGUCUUCGGUUUUUCGGGUCCAGCCGCCCCAGCUGGGUUUCAAAUUGAGUUCAGACUAGCCAGUUUGAGAAUUUCUGUCACAAUUGCUCUUCAGUUUCUUCGUAUCAAUCUCCUUUCUCUGUAAUUUCAUAAUACCAUACAGCAUGGUAUGCAGUACCAGUUUCAAGCUUUGAUUACUCGAGAUCACAGGCGUUCAGAACAUUGUUGUAUACUCAAAAGAAUCCUGCUGUUUGUAUAAUCCCACACAACCGUUGACAUAAGGCCUUAUCCAAGAGUUAUGACUAAGAGGGAGGACAGUAAUUUAAGGCGACUCUUAUGUCUAGAUUUCGUUCAGGCAAAGCUGACCAUGAUGAAACUGACAUUUAUAUUUUCAUGUAUUGGAGUGUUAUUAGAUCCUUUGUUCUUUUACAUUCCAAUCAUCGACAAGACAAAUAAGUGCCUUGGAGUAGACAAAAGCCUGAGGACUCUGGCACUUGUUACUCGAACCCUAACGGAUAUCCCCUUGGUGAUAUAUUUUAUUGUUGCUCGAAGUUAUUAUUGGCCUGAUGCUAUUCCCCUCCACAUUAUCGACUCUUCAAAUAUGCAACCUUCAGGAGGUUUUAAGCGAAAGUUAAAAAAGCUUGUGCUGAUAAUAACUACAGUUCGGUUGUUAUAUCUGCUAUUUGCCACUGUUACCGUGCUACCGAUCCCACAGGUGGCAAUUGUACUUGUUUUUCCCAGAAUCCAAGGCUCUGGGUAUCUCUAUUUUUUAAACGCUCUUCUUCUUUUCCAGUAUGUGUUAAGGGUCUAUCAAAUCCAUCAAAUCCUUCGUUAUCUUCAGUAUAACCUCAGAAGAGGGGUCACAGCUGCAUUUAAUUUUUUCUUUACAUCCUUGCUGGUCACGUACUUGGAGCUCUUUGGUAUUUUUUUCUAUCCAACGAGAAACAUCUUGUUGGCAUCAAGCAUGUAAAGAUGUUGCAUCAGGAUGUAUAUCUACUUAUCGUUGCCAUGGCUCUAGUACUUCCUCAAGUAUCAAAUUCCGAAAUGAAUCAUGUCCAACAAAUCUACCAAAUGCUACACUAUUCGAUUUUGGUAUAUUUCAAGACAUGAUUCAAUCUGGCAAUACAGGACUGAUAAAGUUUCCACAAAAUUUUUUUAUUGCUUCGGGUGGGGCGUCAGAAAUAUAAGUAACUUUGGCACGAAUUUGGAAACAAGUAGCUAUGUGUGGGAAAACUGCUUUGCUCUUCUUAUUUCUAUUAUUGGUUUGCUACUGUUCUUAUAUCUCAUUGGAAACGUGCAGCUGUAUUUGAAGUCCAAAGCGGAUCAGAUAUUGUUUGCGCAGGAGGUAAGGGCGAAUAAACUGCAUCGUGUAGAACGAAAAAUACGGGAAUGGACGGCAAGAAAUGGUAUCCCUGAGGAAAUGAUCAUGACAGAGAUCAUGAAAAACGUAAAACAGAAAUUGGAAGAAAUUAACUAUGCUGAUGAAGAUGAGAAUGUAAACUUGAAAUAUGUCUUGUCAAAUCUCCCAUGGUACCUCAGAAAACGAGUACAGUGGCGUCUCUGCAUGGAUGGACUGGAGAAAGUCCCGAUGCUUCGAAAUAUGGAGCGAAAAGGGUUGAAAAUGAUAUGCGAGUAUCUCAGGCCAAUGAUCUACUGCCAGGAUCAGAUCAUAGUUCAAGCUGGAAAACCACUUGACUUAAUGUUUAUCGUUAUAGAAGGUACAGUUAGAUGCGUCGACGCCAUUGGAAAUGCUGCACCACAACUUCAAAAAGGUUAUUUUUUCGGAGAAGAACUGUUCACUUCGGAAUCACGCCAUCCUAUCUCGGUUCAAACUGUCAUUUGUGAAACUGAAGUAGAAGCCUUUAUUCUGAGGACCGAGGACUUGAGGAAUCUGGUCCGCACAAGCCAAUUCCUGAGGAAUUUAAUGGAAGAACAACUCUGAACUUCGCAAUCAAGAAAGAAAGCAGUUGACACUAGCUUACCACAAGAUCGACGAGGAGAUACGAAAGGAUGUCUAAGAUGAAAAACUACUAAGUCUCUAAC